AUGCGUAUCGCCAGGAGUAAGGUUGACAUAGACAGCUUGGAAAUCUCAGAACUACGGCCCAGGAAGGCACGAACCGGAGCAUUAAUUCUGGAAAUCCCAGGGACGGAAGGUGCCAAGAAGGCAGACAAACUGGCGGAGAAAAUAAAGGAGGCCCUGGGCGAGGAACAGAACGUGUUAGUUACACGCCCCGAAAAAGUAGCGGAAAUCAGACUCAAAGAUCUAGAAGAGUCAACAACCAAGGAGGACAUCCUGGCAGCGAUAGCCAAAAAAGGGGAAUGCCCCAAAGACUCGAUUAAAAUAGGGGACAUUACCACAGCUAACAAUGGCUUAGGGAUAACCUGGCUGAAGUGUCCACUAGCAGCGGCCAAAAAGGCGACAAAAGACAGGAGAAUACGAAUAGGAUGGACGACAGUCCGAAUAGAGUUAUUACCGGAGAGACCAGUGCAAUGUUUUCGUUGCCUAGAAACUGGUCAAAUGUCUCAAAGCGGAUCACAGAAUGGGAGGCCCGGCGUGUAA